AUGUGCAUGAGGAAAGGCGUUAGGCAGAACAUUCUCUCGUUCCUGUAGUGUUGGUAACGAUAUUGUUGACGCAUCACGUGUUCGGCGGUGAAAGAUUGAGAUGGUAAGUUCGAGGAGGGGGGUGGGAAGUCCAGCGAGCGGGUGGGCGGCCUGCGGGCAGGCGGGCAGGCGAUCUAGGUUGGAGGGUCUGGGUGGACGGAGAGCGAGGAGUCUGAGGGAGGGCUGGGCAGCAGGCGCACCAUACCUACCCUACUCUAGAAUCUGUUAUCAUGUCUGGGCCACUUGGUAUGGGGGUGUCGUCCUUCCAUCGUCCCUCCUCAAGACCCAUAGCCCCGUGCCGAGGCAGGGAGGAGUUCAGGCCAUCAGGGGGUGACAAGAUGGCCAGAUUACAACCUUGAUUUAUUUCUCUCUCUGAGCUGCAGUGAGUUGGGAAAUGGGUUAGAAGCGGCGCUGUGGCUUGUGCUCGGUGUGGGCGUGGGUGUGGAGCUGGCAUAUCUGGGAAGCCAAGAAUGUAGGGACCGGGACACGGGGUGGUCAGAUGCCCCUGGGGAUGGUAGCUUGGUCGUGUUAUUCUGUAUGCGGCGCCCAUUCCUCCCACCGUCAUCUCUACGGGAGGGUACCUGGUGCAGAGGUGCCACGUACUGUUUUUUUCCUUUGUAGAGUGUCGGGAAGAUCACUCUUACGGAACACUGGAAGUGGCUUAUGUGUUACUGACCGUAAACUUUACCAGUAGUUCUCAUUGUUAAGUUGUUGCAAUUGGAAAUAACUAGCGGAUGUUAAUGUUUCCUGAUAAAUAAGAUGAGUGGAUGCUUUCCGUGCGAGCCAAUGAGCGCGUGGCUGGGAGACCACGUGACCGGGCCGGUCAUGGUGCUGCCCUCUGUGUUCAGGUGCGGCGGCUGGGAGGCUGUUGCUCACCUGGAUUAGUGGUGAGGUGAACAGUGAGCAAGAUGGAGAGACGCAGAGUCGUUCACACACGCGAUGAUUCAGGAAAUUCCUAGUGGCCUGUCAAUACUGUAGAGCGACAGAGUGUGACGCCUGCGUGCGGAGAUGCGGCAGCGUCGGAAGGAGGUUCUGCUCCAGGAGGGAUUUUGUACAAUGAUGCCCAUUCCGUGCCAUAUGUAACACUAGUUGUGUACCCGGAGGUGAAGUUGUGUGUUCGUGUCAACAGUGGUAAAGUUGACAGUCGUGUGUGCCAUACAGUGCUGGCGGGUAAACCGGACAGCCGACGUGGGGUGGUCGAGGUAGUGAGCGGCGAGUGUCUGGUUCCGGCGAGAUGAGCAGCCCAGCGGCCAGACGGUAGUAGUGGGCAUAACCAGCUCACUGACAAAUAGCUACUGAAGCCCCGUCUGGCCAGCUCAGCGGCCUGGGCGCACCACAGACCCAAGCCUCAGUCUCGACCCAUGUGUGAGGAACCCUAUCCCGAGCUGCCCUAUGAUCCAAGGUGGCUACCGCGCGCUCCACUGGGGCAGCCGACCCGACACCGCCCGUUAGGAUGGCAACUCUAGGGCUCUCAAAAGUCUUCAUUCUUGAUAAGUACUUUACGGAGCUCCAAAAAUUCUGGGAAACUGAGAAGAAACUACAAGAUGCGUGUGGGACGAGUGAGGCGGCGCAGCUGGAGCAGCGGUUGAGAUCCCUCGGGUGUGAGCUGGUUACUCUUCGAUCGAGACUCCCGCCUGCACUCCACCAUUCCCGGCCCACCACGCCGCCCGCCCCUAUAAUCAACACCGCCACCACCACCACUACCCUCACUGCCUCUUCUGCUAACUCAUCCUUUCACGCCACAAACAAUAGUAACAAUAACAAUAAUAACAACAAAAACAACGCCACUACCACGUCCAACACUCCGUCAGCCCCAAACACCAACCCCGCGUCCCCCUCCACAACCACCACCACAAACAAUAACAAGAACGUUCAGCCCCACAACGGCACCGCCCCACUACUGCCACUCAACUUCCCCGUUGGUGGUGGCACUCCUUCAUCGGGAGGUUCCGAGAGUCGUAUCACGCUCAACAGCUCCAACCUGGCAGACGGCCUCAACUCCUCACAGUCGUUCCUGGCGGAUGUUAGCUGCGUGAAGGGCGGCAUGACCGGUGGAGUGCAAGAAGUGGAGGACCUCAUCCACCUGGCUGGUCCACUCACAGAGGACGCCGUUCUCAAGACCCUCCACGCCAGGUUCUGCUCAUCUCACUAUUUUACUAAUGUGGGUCCAAUCCUGUUGUCGGUGAACCCUUAUCAUGAGGUGGGAAAUGCCCUCACCCUCACCUCCACCAGGGCAGCCGUCCAGAGUCCCCACCUCCUACGGGUCGUCCACGAGGCAGUCCGUCAGCAGAGCGAGACAGGCUACCCACAGGCUAUCAUCCUCUCAGGUGCAUCUGGGUCAGGCAAGACCUACACGUCAAUGUUGUUGCUCCGUCAACUGUUUGACGUGGCAGGUGGUGGGCCAGAGACAGAUGCUUUCAAGCAUUUGGCAGCUGCCUUCACUGUGCUUCGCUCCCUCGGCUCUGCAAAGACCACGUCCAACUCAGAAUCUAGUCGUAUUGGUCAUUUCAUCGAGGUGCAGGUAACAGAUGGAGCACUCUACAGAACUAAGAUCCACUGUUACUUCUUGGAUCAAACAAGGGUGGUUAGGCCACUUCCUGAUGAAAAAAACUAUCACAUAUUUUAUCAGAUGCUGGCUGGACUCACACAGGAGGAGAGAGCCAAGCUUCAUCUGGAGGGUCACAGCGUUAGAACAUUGCGGUACCUGAGUGAAGGAGAUGUGAGACAAGACGAGGCUGAGGAUGCUCGCAGGUUUGAAGCAUGGAAAGCAUGUCUUGGGGUGCUAGGGAUUCCCUUCCUAGAUGUGGUAAGGGUUCUGGCUGCUGUUCUUCUCCUUGGCAACGUUACCUUCAUCGAGGGACAGGGACUCGAGGUUGAUAUCCAGGGAGGAAGCCAUGAACUCAAGAGUGUGGCGGCCCUGCUUGGAGUGUCAUCAGCUGCGCUAUAUCGAGGCCUCACCACACGCACCCACAAUGUCCGUGGGCAGCUUGUCAAGUCCAUGUGUGAUGCCAACAUGUCAAAUAUGACGCGGGAUGCACUGGCUAAGGCACUUUACUGCCGCACAGUUGCCACCAUUGUCAGGCGAGCCAACUCCCUCAAGCGGCUAGGGUCUACCUCAGGCACUCUUUCUUCAGAUAGCAAUGAGAGUGUCCAUCACCAAGGCGAGGUAGCAUCUCAACAUGCUUCCACAGUGGGUACUGCUGGCUCCAAGGCCUCAAAAUCCAUGAGUGUCCUUAACAAUGCAGUGAAGCACGCUACAGAUGGUUUUAUUGGCAUUCUUGAUAUGUUUGGGUUUGAGGAUCCAAAGCCCUCACACUUGGAGCACCUUUGCAUUAACCUGUGUGCAGAGACAAUGCAACACUUUUACAACACGCACAUCUUCAAGUCUUCCAUUGAGUCAUGUAGGGAUGAAGGCAUCACUUGUGAGGUUGAGGUCGAUUAUGUUGACAAUGUCCCGUGCAUUGAUCUCAUCUCAUCACUGCGCACAGGUCUCCUCAGUAUGCUGGAUGUGGAAGGGUCAGUGAGGGGCACUCCAGAAAGCUACAUCCAAAAAGUCAAGGUGCAGCACAAGGGCAAUGGAAGACUGUUUGAACCAAAAGCUAAUCACAUCAGGUCAUUUGGUAUCCACCAUUUUGCCAACAGAGUGAUCUAUGAUGCAUCAGAUUUUCUAGAUACAAACAGGGACAUUAUCAGUGACGACUUGGUAUGUGUGUUCCACAAGCAAUCCUGUAAUUUUGGAUUUGCCACACACCUGUUUGGAUCAGAGCUGAAGGCACUCUUCUCUCAGGACCCAGUGCCAAGGGGCGUCUCCUUCCGUAUCAGUCCCACUUCACACACAGAUAGGCAAAAUGGAGAUGAACCAGUCUCAACACUGACACAGGACUUCCAUACACGACUAGAUAAUCUCUUGAGAACGCUAGUCCAUGCCAAGCCACACUUUAUCCGCUGCCUCCGCUCAAACUGCUCUGAGAAGCCUGGCCACUUCGACAGAGCUACAGUCAUCAAACAGAUUCGUGCUCUGCAGGUACUUGAGACAGUGAACCUAAUGGCUGGGGGUUACCCUCACCGCAUGCGUUUUAAGACCUUCACCUUGCGCUACCGCCUCCUUGUACCCUUCAAAAAGCUCCGGCGUGUUGAGGAUAAGACCGUGGAUGACUGCAAACUUAUCCUUGAGUAUUUUGUGCGGUCUCUGGAGGAUGUGAGCAGAUCCUCAACUGUAGCCAUACAGUGGGCCUUGGGCAAACGACACAUUUUUCUCAGUGAGGGUGCCAGACAACAACUUGAAAUGUUACGAAUAGAGAUGAGGCACCGAGCUGCAACACUGUUGCAAGCAGUGUGGCGUGGGUGGCACUUUCGUCGGCGCUGGCCUACCCUCAAAAGGAAUCUAGAGCUACGCGCUCGUUCCCGCACCGUCAGGCCUCGACCUCAACCUAUUGCUGGGACACCGCCACCAGAUGUAAUGGAUCGAUGUGACCAGAAAACAAUACAGCAGACAUGUUCUUUAUUUGGUCUAGACUUGACCGCCCUUCUGCAGGAGCGGCCGCCACCAGUGCCGCCCAGCCGCUCCUACACCAUCACAGGGAAUCACAAGAUGGGCUACCCUCAGACACGGGUCAUGAAGAGGAAAUUUCCAGAAGAAGGUGGAGGUGACAGUGUGCUUCUGAAGGGAGAGUCUGUGGUGGUGGUGGGAGCGUCCUCCAGGCGUGGCCACCUCCUCGUUGACCACCAAGGACAUUCCUUUCAUGUACCAUUCCAGUACAUGGAGCUCAAACCUUCUGCUCAGCCAGGGGUCAACAUAUAGGCCUCAGCACAGCCCUUUUGCUUAAGUGAAAUAUCAGAGUGUUCCUCAGCACCCUGAGGCUUUGAGAGAGCCAUGAUAGGAUUGAAAUACUGGACAAACUUGUAUGCUCAAUGACAGUCAAGUGUUUUCCAACCAGAGUGCUGAGGGGGCUCAAAAAGUUCAGGGAUCGACUUAAGUCAAAAAAGAAACAACAAUCUUCUUUUUCAUUUUAAUUGUUCCUGGCACGCCGGAGGUAAUUGUGGCUGAGUUGGACUUUACUUCUGCCCACCUCGCUGAGACGAGGACUCAAAAGGGUGGGAAAUGGAUGAUGCUUGUUGUAUGGAUUAAGUGGAGAUCACUACAGAGGAGACACUGCUAGUGACGCUCUCCUAUGUGUCUCAGUGAUGCUCAGAACUUGACUCGAAACAAGAGAAAAUGGUGACUUCAAGUGGCACAUUGAGAUGAGGGUUUUGUCACAGCCACCAAUUGGUUAUAUUCUUGGCCUUAACCCUUCCCAGGUCUCUAGUGAUCUCCUCCACUAUCUUAAUUUCCUCCUCAUUUCCCAACUUCCACCCCCUCCAGGCCAUGACCAGAGUGAGUGUGUGACUGUCAAGUGCUUUUUAUAAGUGAAACAUGAAGCUUUGUAUAUAGAUAUUUGUAUGUGCCAAUAUUGUUAAGUAAUUUUAUAAGUUUAUUGAUAUACCUCGUUACUUAAUGUAUCGUCGAGUAAACAAACAACUAUUAUAUACUAAAAGACUAAAGACUAUUGAAAGUGACUGACAUUGAAAAUAAUGCAUUUUGAUUCUUGGUGCUACCCUUUUUAUUAAUUCAUUCUCUCUCUCUCUCUCUCUCUCUCUCUCUCUCUCUCUCUCUCUCUCUCUCUCUCUCUCUCUCUCUCUCUCUCUCUCUCUCUCUCUCUCUCUCCAGUUUUGCUUUCUUGCUCUGUUUCUCUCCAAUUUUGCUCUUGUUCUCUUUCUCUUCCAUUUUGCUCUCUCACUCUUCAGUUUUGCUCUCUCGCUCUCUUUCUCUUCAGUUUUGCUCUCUCACUCUCUCUUCAGUUUUGCUCUCUCAUUCUCUUUCUCUUCAGUUUUGCUCUCUCACUCUCUUUCUCUUCAGUUUUGCUCUCUCACUCUCUUUCUCUUCAGUUUUGCUCUCUCACUCUCUUUCUCUUCAGUUUUGCUCUCUUGCUCUCUUUCUCUUCAGUUUUGCUCUCUCGCUCUCUUUCUCUUCAAUUUUGCUCGUGCUCUUUCCCCAGUUUUGCUCUCUCGCUCUCUUUCUCUUCAAUUUUGCUCGUGCUCUUUCCCCAGUUUUGCUCUCUCUCUCUCUCUCUCUCUCUCUCUCUCUCUCUCUCUCUCUCUCUCUCUCUCUCUCUCUCUCUCUCUCUCUCUCUCUCUCUCUCUCUCUCUCUCUCUCUCAGAAGUUAUCCACAGUAUUAAUGUCCCUGCCACUCCCCUCCCCAUUCCCCCUUCCACUACCUGCCCGUCGCUACUGUGCCUUUUCUUCAUUAUUCUUAUUCAUCCCUCUAUCUUAAUUUACUGAGCAUUUACUCUUUAUUUUCUCCCAAAUAUUUGUUCAUUAUUGCCUAUUUGAUUUUAAAAUAAUCAUAGUUUUUAAUUCCAAUUUGUUGUUUUAUUUAAUUGUUACACUAUUUCUAAUCAAUCUGCCUUGUCCAGAAUCAAAUUUUUUGAGACUUCUAUCAAUCUUGCUCAUUUCCCUAACCAACAUAAUGUAUGUCUUCUUGCAUUUUCAUGUCUGGCUCUACUUUUGUAUCUUCCUGUACAAAUCACUUCAUUUCUUCACUGAAUUGUCGCAUCAUAUUUUGACUGACAUCAUUCACCGGCCUCCUUACUCUACCUCAUCUUCAGUCUUUCCCACUCACUUUCUCUAUCCCUCUUAAUCCCCGACAUCCUUUCCACUCCAUUCACUACUCUCUUCAAUAAAGCCAGUUCCCCACCAGUGACGGUCAACCAGUAAGAGGAAGUGCUCAAUCCUGUACAUACCAGUGUAGAUACUGUACAUGUGUGGCUCCGUACUAAUAAUACUCAGCGUAACCUGUACAGAAAGUUUAGUUUCCAUGUAAGUUAACAAUGACAGACCAUGUCACAAUGUAGGAACAAGACUCGCAUGACCUGAAGCCCAGAGGUGCCCGGUGGUGCUCCUAGAAUUUUUAUUUAUUUUUUAUUUUUUUAUUUUUAUUUAUUUCUUUUUAUAGUAUUGUACACACCAGUCAGUGAGGUGUGGCCAUAUUAGGGGUCCAAGCAGGGUCCAGAUGUCCUCGGACACGGUGAAGGAAGCCAGCGUUUGUGUGUCAUUGGUUGAGACAUGUGCCAAAUAUGCUUAGUAUUUUUUCAAUCGAUUUAUUGUUACCCUUUUCCAUAAGUGUAUUAUGUUGAAUAUUUGUACCAUACUGGCAGAAGUUCACAUCAUUCCUUGCUCUGUCAUUUUCAUCAUUUCCUCAUUACUUGUUUCUGUCUUAUUUUUCACCUCCAUGGCCUUCCUCCCUGCUCAGGCUCACAGCAGUGGAAAGUUGAUUUGAGGUGUUACAAAGCUCAGUUAUUAGCAAGAGAUCCAAGUGUCCCAAAACAAAGAUCUGGGUGAAGAAUGGACAAUGUUCCACCCGAUGAGCCAGAUGGGUCCUGACAAUUAUAAUUUUGCAGUAUAACAACAUGCAAAUUACUUUCCAUCUACCAGGGCCAUGUAGGUUGGCUGGGGUUUUUCUAGAUCUUCUUUAUCUGGCCGUCUCUGCUGAAGGUGCUGAAGUGUGCGUAAUAUGUAUGGAAUUUUUAGGGUGCAAACUAUUGUAAGAGUUCCUGUUAAUAUUGGAUUUUUUUUUCUUUUAAAAUUAAAACUUAACAAAGAAGAACCAUAA